AAAACUGCAGCCAACUUCCGAGGCGGCCUCAUUGCCCAGCGGCCCCUAGCCUCUGACAGGUUCGGUCCACACUCCUUGCCCGGUCCUUUGCUGGUCCCCAGCCCUGCGCACGGCGACCCUCCAGCUCCACUCGUUGCUCGCUGGGUUCACUCCGUCACCAUGUACAAGUUUUUGUGGCGCGCAGCCUGGGGAUUCUGCCUGGUGCAGCUGAGCCUGGCGCAGACACAGAUCGAUUUGAAUAUAACCUGCCGCUAUGCAGGUGUAUUCCACGUGGAGAAAAAUGGUCGCUACAGCAUCUCUCAGACGGAGGCGGCUGACCUCUGCAAGGCUUUCAACAGCAGCCUGCCCACCAUGGCCCAGAUGGAGAAGGCCCUGAGUAAAGGGUUUGAGACGUGCAGGUACGGGUUCAUUCAAGGGCACGUGGUGAUUCCCCGGAUCCAACCCAACUCCAUCUGUGCAGCCAACAACACAGGGGUGUACAUUCUUACCUCCAACACCUCCUACUAUGACACGUAUUGCUUCAAUGCUUCAGCUCCACUUGAAGAAGAAGACUGUACCUCAGUCACAGACCUGCCCAAUUCCUUUGAUGGACAAGUUACCAUAACUAUUGUCAACCGUGAUGGCACCCGCCACAGCAAGAAAGGGGAAUACAGAACACACGAGAAAGACAUCAACUCCUCCCUUCUUAUGGAUGAAGAUACAAGCAGUGGAUCCUCCAGUGAGAGGAGCACUUUGGAUGCUUACAUCCUCCCCACCCGCUUUCCAACUGCACACCCAAACCCAGACCAAGACAGCAUGUACGAGAGUACCACAGCUACCAUUACCUCAACUGUGCACUCAAACAGCCAUGCAGCAGCUCAGGAGCAAAGUAAUUGGAUGUGGUUUUGGUUUGGUAAUUCACAACCUAAGACUCAGGAUCUCCCAACAACAGCAAUCACAGCCUUGAUGACCACUAUUGGUACCACUCCUGAAACAGCAACCAAGAGGCAACAAGCCCAGCCCUGGCUUUCAUGGUUGUUUCAACCAUUAGAGUCCAAGAAUCAUCUUCCCACAACAACAAAAAUGGCUGGUACGGAGUCAAAUACCAUCUCAACAGGCUGGGAGCCCAAUGAAGAAAAUGAAGACGAAAGAGACAAACACAUCAGUUUUUCUGGAUCAGGCAUUGAUGAUGAUGAAGAUUUUAUCGCCAGUACCAUCAUUCCAAGGGUUUCUGACCACACAAAACAGAACCAGGAUUGGAACCAGUGGAGACCAAGCCAUUCAAAUCCAGAAGUACUACUUCAAACAGCGACAAGGAUGACUGAUAUAGACAGAAAUGGCACCAGUGCUCAUGGAGAAAACCAGACCAUGGAACCACAGCCUCCUCUCAUUCACCACGAGCAUCAAGAAGAAGACGAGACCCCACAUUCUACAAGAACAACCUGGGCACCUUCUAGUAGUACAACAGAAGAAACAGCUACCCAGAAAGAACCAUGGUUUGGGAAUGGAUGGCAUGGGGAAUAUCCCCAAACACCAAAAGAAGACUCUCAUGCAACAGCAGGGACAACUGCCUCAGCCCACGACAGCCAUCCAACUCAAAGAUUGACAACACAGGGUCAAGAGGACAGUUUCUGGACCGAUUUCUUGGACCCAGUCUCACAUCCAAUGGAACAUGAUCAUCAAACAGGAAAAAGGAUGGAUAUGGACUCCAGUCAUAGUGCAACGCUUCAGCCUACUGCAGAUCCAAACACAGACUUGGACAGGACAGGACUUUCAAUGACAACUCAGCAAAGUCAUUCUCAGAGCUUCUCUACAUCACAAGGAGAAAUGGAAGAAGAUAAAGAACACCCAACAACUUCCACUCUGCCAUCUAGCAAUAGGAGUGAUGGCAGAGGUGGAAGAAGAGGUGGAAAUCUUCCUGACGACACCACUACUACACUGGAAGGUUAUACCUCUCAUUACCCAGACAUAAAGGAAAGCAGGACCCUCAUCCCAGUGACCCCUGCUAAGACUGGGGCCUUUGAAGAAACAGAAGUUACUGUUGUUGGAGAUUCCAACUCUAAUGUUGAUGAUUCCUUACCAGGAGACAGAGACUUUGUGGACAACAGUGGGAGGUCCCAUACCACUCAUGGAUCUGAAUCAGCUGGACCCUCAAGUGGUAGUCAAGAAGGUGGGGAGAACACAACCUCCAAUCCUAUAAGGAAACCCCAAAUUCCAGAAUGGCUUAUUAUCCUGGCAUCCCUCCUGGCCUUGGCUUUGAUUCUUGCAGUUUGUGUUGCUGUCAACAGUCGGAGAAGGUGUGGGCAGAAGAAAAAGCUGGUGAUCAACAAUGGCAAUGGGACGGUGGAGGACAGAAAGCCAAGUGGACUCAACGGAGAGGCCAGCAAGUCUCAGGAAAUGGUGCAUUUGGUGAACAAGGAGUCAUCAGAGACCCCAGACCAGUUUAUGACAGCCGAUGAGACACGGAACCUGCAGAAUGUGGACAUGAAGAUUGGGGUGUAACAUCUAUGCCAUCCUCUUGGAAAGAAAACACAGUUGGAGACACAACCAUUACAGGGAACUGGGACACUUCACAUGCAAUGUGCUACUGAUUGUUUUAUUGGGGAUCUCUUUUUUUUAGCAUAAAAUUUUCUACUCCU